AUGGUUUCAUCUUUUCGUAGUAGAAAUGGUUUUCCAACACAAAAUGUGCUCGCCGUAGUAGAUUUUGAUCUUAACUUCACUUAUGUGCUUGCUGGUUGGGAAGAGUCAGCACAUGACUCGAUGGUCUUGCGUGAUGCUUUACAAAGACCCAAUGAUCUUAAAGUGCCACAAGGAAAAUGUUUCCUCGUCGACGCAGGAUAUGCUACAAGACCUGGAUUUAUAGCACCUUUUAGAGGUGUUAGAUAUCACUUGAAGGAAUUCGGGUCACAUAUUCAUGAAACCCCUAAGGAGUUGUUUAACCAUAGGUAUUCGUCAGCGUGGACUUCAGUUGAACGUGCAUUUGGGUCUUUGAAAAGUCAGUAUAAGAUUCUCACAUCUAGGCCCUUCUUUCCAUAUAGUACCCAAGUUGACCUAGUGAUUGCAUGUUGCAAUCUUCACAAUAUUAUUAUUAGACAUGGUGGUGAUAGAUUGAUACCCUCUGAGGGGGAAUGGGAACAAGAAAUGAGAGUUCAUACUUCGAGGAGAGGGCAACAUGAAGAUGUUAGAGAGUGA